AUUAAAUGAAGAUUCUAGUUGAAAAAGAAAGUGUUUGCUAUAUGGUUCUUGCAAUACCGCAUAUUACAAUAAUCCAAUAUUUGUAUGUCUCGGGAAGUAUCCGUCGCCGUCCGAUAGAGUUCGUUCGUGAAAAAUAAGUAAUCGGUGCCGUUUCCGGUAAUAAUUUCUCUUGAAAGUUUUGACAUUUCAAUAUUUUAUUUAGUGUAUUUAUUACCUAUUGUAGCGAUUGGCAUCGACUACAUGGAGGAGAGCGGCGAUUCGCAAGGUGAUUUCUUGAAAUUUCUAGAGGAUGGUGAAACAAACCAUGAAGAAUUGUAUGCAGUUUUACUAAAUACAAAGACAGAUUUUAAACCAAUACCUGGAAUUGAUUUAGACCGAGAUGAAACAGAAUAUUAUCAACUACAGCAGACUCUUGAUUGUAACUUAGUUUAUCCAGGAAUAUUCGUCGGAGAUGAGGGGGCUGCAAGAAGCAAAUGGUACUUAAAAACCAUUGGGAUAACGCAUGUGUUAAAUGCAGCUGAAGGAAAACAUUUUGGAUAUGUCCAUACUAAUGAAAAAUAUUAUGAAGAUACAAACAUUAAAUAUCUGGGUUUACCACUGGCUGACGUACCAUCAGUUGACAUUAGUAAAUAUUUUUAUACAUCUGCAGAUUUCAUUGAAGAUGCUCUUAAAAAUGGAGGAAAUGUACUUGUGCACUGCAAGAUGGGAAUAUCUCGCAGUGCCACUUGCGUCCUGGCAUACCUGAUGAUAAAGAAGAACAUGUUGGCUGUAGAUGCAAUUCGUACAGUGCGUAUUAAUCGUGAUAUUCGCCCAAACUACGGAUUUUUACGUCAACUGGCUGGUCUGGACAAUUAUUUACGUCGCCAACGUUUGUAAAUAACAGGUUUUUCAAUUUUAUCCUAAAAAUGAGGCAUUUGAAAAAGCUCUGACAAACAUAUUAAAGCUAUACUUUUGAUGAACAAUUAUUGUAUUUUGUUUUGUAUUUCACAAUAAAACUGUUAAAAAAAUA